GAGCACAGCUGGGGUUUGUGGAUUCUCCGUGCUCCGAUAUCGAUCUCGAGAAAUAAUUUCUUGCUCGUACUUGAAGAAGUGGUAUUGACUGUUGGGAAAGUGUCCAUUGCUUUCAUUCUCCAUCCGUCUCUGCGUGCAAGAGAAGUACAGAAGAAUUCUCAUACUUGUUUGCUUCUUCCGUCCGGAAAUUUUCAAGCAUCGACAAAGACAACAGUUGAAGUAAUUAACUUUACUGCCAACACCCCUCAAAUAUGCUCUCACAAUUGAGAACGAGGGCAAAUGCCUCUCUUCUCACCUCAAGAAGAGCUUCACAAUAUGUGCGCUCUCUAUCGUCCACAUCCUCUCUCCGCACAUCCUCCAAUGACUCAGAACCACAGCUCAACAGAACCUCAGCUGCUAUCACACAACCAAAAUCACAAGGUGCUUCGCAGGCAAUGUUAUAUGCCACUGGUAUGACCGAGGAAAGAUUAAACAAAGCACAAGUUGGUAUCUCUUCAGUAUGGUGGUCGGGAAAUCCUUGCAACAUGCAUCUUUUGGAACUCAACCACAAAGUAAAGGAAGGAGUAGAGAGAGCCGGUUUGGUAGGAUAUCAAUUCAACACCAUUGGAGUUUCGGACGGUAUUUCUAUGGGUACAAAGGGUAUGAGAUACAGUCUUCAGUCAAGAGAUUUGAUUGCGGAUAGUAUUGAAACUGUGAUGGGUGGUCAAUGGUAUGAUGCCAACAUUUCGAUUCCUGGAUGUGACAAGAACAUGCCUGGUGUUAUGAUGGCAAUUGGCAGAGUCAACAGACCAGCCCUUAUGGUUUAUGGUGGUUCUAUUAAACCAGGGUGUGCCGCAACACAAAACAACGCAGAUAUCGAUAUUGUCUCCGCAUUCCAAGCCUACGGACAAUUCAUUACUGGAGAGAUUACAGAAGAACAAAGAUUCGAUGUUAUUCGUCAUGCUUGCCCAGGUCAAGGUGCAUGUGGUGGAAUGUAUACCGCAAACACCAUGGCAUCAGCUAUCGAAAUUAUGGGAAUGACUCUUCCUGGAUCUUCUACCAACCCCGCAGAUUCAAAGGCCAAAUUACUUGAAUGCUACGCAGCUGGUGGUGCAAUCAAAACUCUUCUCAAGGAGGACAUCAGACCUAGAGAUAUCAUGACAAGACAGGCUUUCGAAAAUGCUAUGGUUCUUGUUACCAUUACUGGAGGAUCUACCAACGCUGUUCUUCAUCUUAUUGCUAUGGCAGAUGCUGUAGGAAUCAAGCUCACAAUCGAUGAUUUCCAAGCUGUUUCUGACCGAACACCUUUCCUCGCAGACCUCAAACCAUCUGGUAAAUACGUCUUCAAUGAUCUUUACAGCAUCGGUGGUACUCCUUCUCUUAUCAAACUCCUCAUCAAGGAAGGUGUCAUUGAUGGAUCAGGAAUGACUGUUACUGGUAAGACCCUUGCUGAGAACGUCAAGGAUGUUCGUGAUUUCCCAUCCGACCAAGAAAUUAUUCGCCCAUUCUCAAACCCCAUCAAAAAGUCUGGUCACAUUCAAAUUCUCCGCGGUUCCCUCGCACCAGGUGGAUCCGUUGGUAAAAUCACCGGUAAAGAAGGAUUACGAUUCGUUGGAAAAGCUAAGGUUUAUGAUGCUGAAAAUGAUUUCAUCGAAGCCCUUGAGCGUGGCGAAAUCAAGAAGGGAGAGAAGACCGUUGUAGUCAUUCGUUAUGAAGGACCAAAGGGUGGACCAGGUAUGCCAGAAAUGUUAAAACCAUCCUCGGCAAUCAUGGGUGCAGGACUUGGAAAGGAUGUCGCUCUUAUUACCGAUGGACGUUUCAGUGGAGGAUCUCAUGGAUUCUUGAUUGGACAUAUUGUACCAGAGGCACAAGUCGGUGGACCAAUUGGAUUGGUUAGGGAUGGUGAUACUAUUGUUAUUGAUGCUGAGACGAGAGUAUUGGAUUUGGAAGUUGAGGGUGGUGAGGAGGAAUUGGAGAGGAGGAGAAAAGAAUUCGUCGCACCUCCUUUGAAAUAUACCAAGGGUACUUUGGCGAAAUACUCGAGAUUGGUACAAGAUGCUAGUCAUGGAUGUAUUACCGAUGGAGAAAUCGUUGAGGCAUGAGGGAUAAGAUAAUUUUAGAUGCACAUAGGCGAAGAAAAGCAGAUGACAACAGAGGAUGAAAACAAAAUGUAUACUUCCGGAAAACUCGGUCUGGGGUGACGGGAGUAGAACUGGGGAAAUAAUAUUUCGGUGUUUUUUUUUUUUUUUGCGAUUCAUGACUUGGCGUUCUAUGAUGGAAUGGAAUGAAAUGGAAAAAAAAAUAUGUUUGAGUCUCAAACAGAAAAUAGAAAUAUGUGAGAGUCGUGGAAGACUAUGUGAAUAUCCAGUGUCCCAAAUUCGAACAAAUGAGAUGCA